ACAACUACACAUUGGUUCUCUAUAACCAAUCCACAUUUUUCAUAACACCUUAUUAUUUCAAUCAUGGCUACUCAUAUUUAUCUAUCUAUUUUUUUCUCCUAUGUUACAUUCCUUCACCUCAUUUUCACAUUGGCUGAUGAUCAAUCUGAUAACUAUAUCAUCCACAUGGAUUUAUCAGCCAUGCCAAAACCAUUUUCAACUCAACACACUUGGUAUCUAUCCACACUUUCUUCAGCAUUGGAAAAUCCUCUAGAACUCUCAACCAAUAAUCUUAAUCAAUCCUUAAUUUCUUCUAAGUUGAUUUAUACCUACACACAUGUCAUGAAUGGUUUCAGUGCUAGUUUAUCACCAAAAGAACAUGAAACACUAAAAAACUCACCAGGUUACAUUUCAUCCAUAAGAGAUUUACAUGCAAAGCUUGACACAACACAUUCACCUGAAUUCCUUGGCCUUAAUCCAUACAAAGGGGCAUGGCAUGAUUCAAAGUUUGGUAAAGAUGUAAUUGUUGGAUUGGUGGACACAGGUGUUUGGCCAGAAAGUGAAAGUUUCAAUGAUAAUGGAAUGACUGAAAUUCCAUCACAUUGGAAAGGAAAAUGUGAAUUUGAAAAAAAAACAUCUCUUUGCAACAAGAAACUCAUUGGAGCUAGAUUCUUCAACAAAGGAUUAUUGUCUAAAUAUCCAAACAUCACCUUAGGAUUGAAUUCAACACGUGACUCAGAAGGUCAUGGAACACAUACUUCAACAACUGCAUCUGGUAGCCAAGUUCAUAAUGCAUCUUACUUUGGCUAUGCAUCAGGAAAAGCUUCAGGAAUAGCUUGGAGUUCACGUGUAGCAAUGUACAAAGCUUUAUGGGAAGGUGGUUCAUUAUCAUCUGAUGUAAUAGCUGCAAUUGAUGUUGCAAUAUUGGAUGGUGUUGAUGUUCUUUCAUUAUCAUUUGGAUAUAGUAAUACACCUUUGUAUGAAGACCCUAUUGCCAUAGCAACAUUUGCAGCUAUGGAAAAAGGUCUUUUUGUUUCUACUUCUGCAGGGAAUGAAGGACCAUCCUCCAAAACUAUUCACAAUGGAAUACCAUGGGUUAUAACUGUGGCAGCUGGUACCAUGGAUCGUGAGUUUCAUGCAACUCUCAAGCUUGGAAAUGGAAUCAAAAUAAUUGGAUUGUCUCUUUAUAUAGGAGGUUUCACUUCCAAUCAUGUUCCUAUUGUUUUCAUGGGUUUAUGUGAUAAUGUUAAGGAACUAAAAAAAGUAAAAAACAGGAUUGUGGUGUGUGAAAACAAGAAUAGUAGCAUUUUUUAUCAAACAAUUAAUUUGGAGGAAGCAAAAGUUUUUGGAGCCGUUUUCAUAUCAAAUACAACAGUUAUAGACUAUUCACAGAAUAGUUAUGCAUCCAUCAUUAUUAACCCAAUCAAUGGAGAAAUUGUUAAAAGCUACAUCAAGAAUAACUCUAAGUCUAAAUCUACUUCAGUGGCAAAGAUUUCUUUCAAGAAAACAAGUUUUGGUGCUAAACCAGCACCUAGUGUUGAUGAUUAUAGUUCAAGAGGUCCAUCAAAAAGUUGUCCCUAUGUGUUGAAACCUGAUAUUACAGCCCCUGGUACAUCAAUUUUAGCUGCAUGGCCCACAAAUAUUCCUGUGUUGGAUUUUGGGCUAAAUGAUAAAUUCUACAAUAAUUUCAAUUUGUUAAGUGGAACAUCUAUGGCAUGUCCUCAUGUUGCAGGUGUAGCAGCCCUUUUAAAAGGGGCACAUUCUGAUUGGAGUCCUGCAUUUAUCAGGUCAGCUAUUAUGACAACAUCAAACAUAUUUGAUAAUACUAAGGAACCUAUUAAAGACAUUGGAAAUGGUAACAAUGCAGCAACACCUUUAGCAAUGGGAGCUGGUCAUGUUAAUCCAAAUAGAGCACUUGACCCUGGUCUUGUUUAUGAUGUUGGUGUACAAGAUUAUGUUAAUCUUCUUUGUGCACUUAAUUUCACACAACAACAAAUCACUACCAUCACAAGAUCUUCUUCCAAUGAUUGCUCUAAACCUUCUUUGGAUCUCAACUAUCCUUCUUUUAUUGCUUUCUUCAAUGCUAAAAAUUCCUCUUCAACACAAGAAUUUCAUAGGACAGUAACCAAUGUUGGGGAGGGACAAACGAUUUAUGUUGCUAACAUUACUCCUAUUAAAGGGUUAAGUGUGAGUGUUAUGCCAAACAAGUUGGUUUUCAAUGAGAAGAAUGAGAAAUUAAGCUUCAAGUUGAGGAUUGAAGUUCCAAGAAUGACAAAAGUAAAAAAAGUGGCUUUUGGUUAUCUUACUUGGAUGGAUGUGAAGCAUGUGGUCAGGAGUCCUAUAGUGGUAACCACCAUCAAAUUUAAAUUCUAGAUAUUCAUGUAUUGUUAUGAUGUUGGAAAAUUUAUUUUCAUAUGCAUGAAUCAAGUGAAGAAUGUAAAUUACUACAAAUGUAUAUAUUUUAUAAAAUAAUAUUCAUUUAACACUUGGCUAUAAAA